AUGUCGAACACUCUCACCAUUACUGAACCUGUUGUCUAUAAUUCGAAACAAUUGAAUGUUUUGAGAGAAAUAGUAUUAAAAUUGAAGAAGGAAGAUCCCUCUCAAACAAAUAUUGAUUUUGGAGACAAGGAACAAGUUUCGAAAAUGUUGAAAAACUAUUCGAAAGAAUGCCACUGUCCUAUCUGUUUAGAAGGAGUAUUAGAGGAAGGAGGAAAUCGAAUCCUUGCCUGUAAACACUUCAUACACGACAAUUGCCUUGAUCAACUAACAGAAAUUCAUGGAAAAAACACAAAAUGUCCAAUUUGUGUUCAACCUGUAUUUCCAAAAAAGGAGAAUAACAAGAAACAAGAACAGAAACUAGGUACUGUCUUUUUUACAUCAUCUUUUUUCUUAAUUACUGGCACAUGUAUUGCGUAUAUUGUAAACACACUCAACCAACCAAAUUUGGUUACUGAAAUUGUCAAUUCGUCCACUAGUUCACAAAUUGUUGAAUCUUGUGCAAACCUAUCUUUGGAUAUUGACUAUAAAUCGUUUACCGAUUGUAUUAAGCUUGAUGGUUUUUCUGGUAAUUGCUAUUCAACUUUUUUGUAA